AUGUUGAGAUCAUCCAUACGCUCCCUCUCCUCCUCAGCUCCUCGCCUCGACUUCGCCAGAAUGCAAUUGUUCGGUGUUGUCGGUAAAGUUGUUCAAAGAGAACUGAGAGACAACGUUCCAUUCUUGACUUACUCCCUCGCUGUUAAUAGAUUUGUUGGCGGUAGAGAUGACAAGACCCGCGUCACCGACUGGUACAAUGUGUCUGUGUUCGAGGAAAAACAGGUUCAAUUCUUCGAGAACCACCUUGGUCCUGGCGCCACUUUGAUUGUGGAUGCCGACGUCACCCAAAGACAGGUUGUCGAUGACAGCGGCGAGGGCAAGCAGAUUUACACCACUUUGAAGCAGCGCAAGUUCGAUGUGGUUCGUUUCCCAGCCAAGAAGCAUGAUGGCGAGGAGGAGAUUGUUGAGGAGAGCGCCUGA